AUGGUCGGAUACUAACUGACUGCUCGUGGCGAUGAAAACGUGCCACAGAGAGAGCUUAACAGAGUGACAGCUGCCGAGCAGAACAUUUCGCUGAAGCACAAACUUGAUGCAUUGACUGCCGAUUUGGAAACGGUCAAGGAUGCGCAGCAGUUGACGGAAUAUGAUUUGCUUCAUAUGGAGAACAGACGAGCCGGUCGGGAUAAGUAUAAAACAUUGCGUCAGAUUCGUGGCGGUAACACGAAACGUCGUAUCGACCAGUACGAGAAUAUGUAG